UCAUUGGACGUUUUGGGAAUUCUCAGCAUCUCGUCAUUGGUGGACGUUGAGCUAGGGCGCAAAGCAGCGACCCACCACUCCACUGCCGGAGCCGACGCCCUUCCCCGCUCCCACUCGAGAACAACCUGAUCACCAGUCGCCACUCACUCACAAGAUCUCGGGGAGCGAGGAGCCUCAACCUUUCACUCCUGGUGAAUACACUUCAGAUCCAUCCAGUCUACGCAGCAGUCAGUCGCACUCGUAUCACAGACGUCAACCACACCGGGACAUCUGGUGAAGAUGGCGGAAUCUGGACAGGCGUCCCUCAAACUAUCCGUUCUUCAACGCUCCUCCCUUGUCAAAGGCGGAACUCCAAGUAUCUAUGCCAUUCCAAUGGAGCAGACAGUGCGGGAUGAAGAUGGGUGCUUUCAAAAGCUAGAGUUUGGACGUAGUAUUCAGAAUAAGACAAACAAAGUUAUCAUGAUGGUGGGAGAAACAGGCUCUGGAAAGACCACGCUCAUCAAUGGUCUAGUUAACUAUGUCCUUGGAGUUAACUGGGAAGACAAAUUCCGCUUCAAAAUGAUUCUGGAAGACAAUAACGCCAACCAGGCUGAGAGCCAGACAAAGGAUGUUACUUCCUACACUCUGCAUCACCAGCACUGUUUCCAAACGCCUUAUUCUCUCACCAUCAUUGAUACUCCAGGUUUCGGUGACACUAAGGGCAUUAAGCGUGACAAGGAAAUAGUGGAGCAGCUUCGCAAGUUUUUCACCUCCCCAGGAGAUCGUGGCAUCAGUCACAUUGAUGCUAUUGGCUUUGUGGUUCAGUCUUCCCAGGCAAGACUCUCUGUAGGACAAAAAUAUGUCUUUCAUAGUAUCCUCUCACUGUUUGCUAAAGACAUAAGUGACAAUAUUUUCCUAUUAGUCACUUUUGCUGACGGACAGAAGCCUGAGGUUCUAAGUGCUGUUAAAGAAGCUGAAAUACCAUAUAAGGAAUACUUCCAGUUCAAUAAUUCUGCUGUCUACACCGAGACGGAUAAAGCACAGAGACUUGGCUCUCUCUUCUGGGAAAUGGGAUGUGAAAGUUUCCAGAUCUUUCUAGAAAAACUCCUUCAUGUUGAAAGCAAGAGCCUCAUUCUUACUAAAGAUGUCCUUCAAGAGCGUAAAAGCAUUGAAGUGUACAUUGAAGGCAUAGAAAAAGAAAUCAGAGUGGGCCUAAGUAAACUGAAUACCCUUGAAAAGGAAAAGAAAAUGCUAAGAGAGCAUGAACAUGAAAUAAACAUGAACAAAGACUUCACGGUAGAAGUUGAAGAAGAUGUUUUUGAAAAGAAACCUAGUAAUUCAUUUCUUUUUCCAGGGAUGCGCAACUGUAUGAAAUGUCAACGAACCUGUUGCCAGAACUGCGUGGCUCACACUCUUGGACUUGGUGACUUAGGAUGUUAUUCUAUGACUAAUUCAGUGGCUCAAUUUGCUCUCCAGUUAGGAUUUGCUAAUAUCUUGGGCUCUCGUCUUCCUACAAAUAUGAACAUGCCAUCUAUGUGUUUAGUCUGCCCUUCACACUGCCCUCCUUCAGAACAUCAGGUAUGUGACUACAUGUUCUAUGUCACCAGGAAGAAAGUCCAAAAGACAGUGGAGGCAAUUCGUGAACGAUACGAAAAGGCAAAAGGAAAGAAACUGACCACGCAGAAUCUAAUUGAUGAGAUUCAGGCAGAGUAUGAUGAGGGGCAGAAAAAGAUACUGCACAUGGCCAACUGUGUGCAGAAGUCCCUUGAAAGACUAAGGGAAAUAGCACUGAGACCAGACCCACUGAGUACUGUCGAAUACAUCGACAUGAUGAUAAAGACUGAAGAAAGAGAAGGGAAGGCCGGAUGGCAGGAAAGAGUUACUCAGCUUAACCAAAUAAGGCGAAUGGCAGAGCAACUGAAGAAUAUUGAAACAGGAAAUUUUAAUCCUAAUAAGCAAUACGAGGAUAUGGAUGAACAGUAAAGAGUGGAAGAAUCUUUAAAACAUCAUUGAAAAAUUUGCACAAGUACAUAUCACAAUGGUGUUAUAUAUAUAUAUAUAUAUAUAUAUAUAUAUAUAUAUAUAUAUAUAUAUAUAUAUAUAUAUAUAUAUAUAUAUAUAUAUAUAUAUAUAUAUAUAUAUAUAUAUAUAUAUAUAUAUAUAUAUAUAUAUAUAUAUAUAUAUAUAUAUAUAUAUAUAUAUAUCAACUUAUGUAUGAUUAAGGAUGACCUUGAUAAUGUAUCCUAUGCAAAGAAUUUUUCAUAUCCUAGCGAAGUACUUUUCAUAUGAGAUUAAUAAAGUUAGCGACCUUAUGUAAGUGUUGGACGAGGUCCCUGUGUAUGUUUAAGGAUGACAUUGAAAAUGCAUCUUUAGCAAAGAGGCAAAGUAAUCUCAUGAUCUAGAGAGUUAGCAAGCCAGUGUAAGGGUCGGACGAGGUCUGUGCCAAGUCAACAAUGGAAGGGUGGCAAGACAUGCACGGCAUCAACACGAUUUGCAACUUCGUUGAAACAAAUUUAAAGCUGAUAUAUAAUUUACUUUUACAAAGUAACAGUUCAUGAAUAUUUCAGAGUAAAGGAAGGCACUUGAAUCUGCAAGGUUCAUAUUUGCAUAUACAAUAGUGUUGGGUUUGGAUUCGCAAGGCAUUGCCACUGCAAAAGUUAUGCCCCACUAACAAAGUUUGAAGAUCAGUCUUAGAUCUUGGAUAAAGUCUUGGAUCAGUGUUUACCUGUUAUCGGCAGUGUGGUGCACUCGUCGCCCCUGUACACUUGGCAUGAUGGGCUACACUCAAACUUGAAUCUCUAUGUUAGAAUUAGAGUGAUCCCUGUAUUAGCAACUAAUGACGAAUUUUAGAGUAGAACAAUGUUUGUUUUGACUAAUUGUCUGAAGUUGAUUGGUGACAAUUUAUAGGAGUACAUUUGAAUUACAUUUGCAUAUAUAAUGCUGAGUUAAUUCAUUAGCUUCAAUCGCGAUCAGGCAGCAUGUAUCUGCCUCAUGUUAUUCUCAUGAUGUAUAUAAAUAAAGCUUAGAAUCUCUUUAGAAUCCUUUUGA